AAGAAGUAGCCGGCAACUUUUGUUGAGCACACACUCCGUUGGAGCAAAGUGAUUUUGAUCUUUCCUUCAACAGCAGGAGCAGGAGCAGGCGGAGGCGGGCGACGUCCACGCUCAAGCCGGUCCUGCAGUGCGCGACUGGCGGCUUCGUGACACCUAGGUGGCCCGCUGUCAGCUCCCGAUUCAUACCUGGCUGACAACCCCAGCGAGCGACGACCCACAGAGCAAGCGACCCAGCGACCGAGCGAGCGCCUGCCCGCCCGCCAGCCCGCCCACCGCGAUGGCCGACCGCUUCGACUGCGACAACUGCAAGGAGUCCCUGUACGGCCGCAAGUACAUCCAGUCGGACGAGACCCCUUACUGCAUCCCGUGCUACGACAGCCUCUUCUCCAACACGUGCGACGAGUGCAAGGAGCUGAUCGCCCACGACGCCCGGGAGCUCUUCUACGAGGACCGGCACUUCCAUGAGCACUGCUUCCGCUGUUUCCGCUGCGAACGCUCGCUGGCGGACGAGCCCUUCACCAACCAGGAGGACGCACUGCUCUGCAACGACUGCUACUGCAACGAGUUCUCGUCCAAGUGUGUCGCGUGCGACAAGAUCGUCAUGCCAGGUACCAGGAAGUUGGAGUAUUCAGGUUCCACGUGGCACGAGGGCUGCUUCGUCUGCCACGCCUGCGAGCAGCCCAUCGGCUCCAAGUCGUUCAUCCCGGAGAAGGACGAGCACUACUGCGUGCCGUGUUACGAGGAAAAGUUCGCGCCACGCUGCACGCGCUGUAAAAAGACCCUGGCUAAAGGCGGCGUGACGUACCGGGACGAGCCUUGGCACAAGGAGUGUUUUGUGUGCAGCGGCUGUAAAACGCAGCUGGCCGGCCAGCACUUCACCUCGCGUGACGACAACCCCUACUGCCUCAAGUGCUUCGGAAGCCUCUACGCCAAGAAGUGCGAGGCCUGCAGCAAACCCAUCACAGGCUUCGGCGGAGGCAAGUACAUCUCGUUCGAGGAGCGCCAGUGGCACCAGCCAUGCUUCACGUGCACGCAGUGCUCCGUGUCGCUGGUGGGCGCCGGCUUUUUCCCUGACGGUGAGCGCAUCUUAUGCCGCGACUGCCACAAAGGCUUAUAAAGACCCACAAACUCCCCCCUCUGAAUUCCACUCGACUCGUGUCAUGGCCAAAGUUUUUAUACCCAGCAAGGUCAUACAGGGAAACGACAAAGGCAACAAACUUUAUACAGUGUAGGGCUUUAAAACAUGUAUGAUAAUUAGUAUCAAAAUAACUUCUUGAAUAAAUAAAUGAAUAACAUGCUUCCAACUGGGGCUCAUUUGAGCGCAAAAAUAACACAAAAGUUAACAGUUAAAGAAAAACAAUUCUGAGCGGUUUGUUAUCAUUAUGAAAAGUUUAAUUUUGCACUUUUUUGGACAAUCAUGCUACCAUGUUGAGUGCACAUAAAAAAAUAAUAAUAAUACAAAAACAUGGCACAAAACCACUUUUUUAUGUGAUUGCUGAAUCUUUUUGCCAAUUUUUUUUUAUUCUUCAUUUUCUGCUAAUUGUUUUUGAUAAGUGGACCUUUCUUCAUCAUUUUUCCAAGGAAUUCUUUUUAAAUCAAGCAUGUCCUGUAAUAUCAAUUGGUCCCUCGUAGGAUGCUAGCGAGUCAAAAGAGAAGAAUUCAAAGGAUAAAACAUUUCUAUGACUUGUGCAAUUCGGACAAAUUGUUGUCAAAGUAUUAAGAAAAAAAAAAAUGGUUGCAUUGUUUUAAUAAGAAAGUAUCAAGUGUCACUUUUGGUUCGCCAGCAUUCCAAAAAGUCUGACUGAUUGUGUCCAAAAUAUUUUUAACAUACAAAUUCAGUAUUUUCUCACUCUACUGGCCCCAAUUUCCCUUUUUUUUUUUUUUUUUCCUCUAACUAUUUUACAUUUUUAGCAUCUGACAAUUAUAGUCAAAAAGAUGCUGAGUAUGCAUGUCUUAUUUUUUUUUUUGAUUUUGUUGUAUUUGUCGCUGCAUCUCCAAAUUUUGUGCGUUUAUUUUUUUAAUUAUUAUUUCUGCUCCCCCAAAACAGCACAUAUUUUGAUGUAUAGUUAACAAAACCCUGUGACAAAAGCUUUGUGAAUCAUUCUGAAGUGUUUUAAUAUACGUUUUUUAAGUACAUUUCAGUAUUUGGCAGGGUUUCUAGUUUAGGUUUUUAGGCUGUUUUGUUUCGUUUUAAUAUUUUUUUUCUUGAGUUUUUCUUAUUUUAAAAACUUAUUUGUUUUUUAUAUUUAGGGUUUUAUUUUAUAUAUUGUAUUUUUCACUUUUGUCUUUUUCAUCUGUUCAUUUUUGUCGAGUAUUUGUAGGGGGAAAAGAUCAUGUAAUAUAUAAUAUAGGGUGUCUCAUAAUUAAGCAACAUGCGGUGAGCGUUGGAGGCUUACAUGGGAUCACUAUUUGGCAAGCACUUGAGCCUUCCCAUGUGUUUGCAAACAAUUGAUAUCCACUAAAGAAAAAGAAAAACUUUCAUACGGACAAACAAAAUAACAAACCAAAACCUUUGACACACAAAAUUUGGAGAUUCUUGUUGUUCCUAUUCAUUUCUUUUUUUCAAAGUAUUAAAAAUACACACACACACAAUGAUAUAUAGUAUAUAUUUCAGCUUUGAUGCUGGUGAGUCAGAGUUGGCAAAUGUGCAUUUGUUUUUGUAUUGGAUGGGGAAAAAGAAGCCAUUGUUUUAGUUGUAAACACGAUGUUGUGUGGGAAAUAAAUGAAAUCAUGUGGAUUCUA